CGCUGCUGAACGUAACGGAAAAGUCGUCGCCUGUUGAAUAUAUAUAUUCUAUUUACUUGACCUUGACUGUACUGUGCCGUCUCGUUUUUAUUUAUUUUUUUUUCUUUUUGUUUUGUAUUUUAACUUUACAAGUGAUGUGAAGCAGCAUAGCCUGCAACAACAAACGCAACAAACAAGCAACAACCAACAAAGAGAAAGGAAAAUCAUUUACAAAAAUAAAACCGUUGCAGUUCACUGGUUCCACCCACCCAUUAUCCGUUCAGUAAUGCAACAACCGGCCAAAAGCCCGCAGCGCUAAACUAACCCAAUCCCCUAUCCCCAAAUCCUAACCCAAGACGCCCAGCGCACAAUUCCAAGAUGACCGAUAAUGGGAACCAUCAGAACAAUAAUAACAACAAUGAGUUAUCCAGACUGAGACCAACCGAGGAGCAGCUGCUCCCCAAGAAUGGAUCGGGGGAACAACAGACCAAGAUAGUGCCUCCGCCCCAUUCCUAUUCCAAAGCCCAAUCCCAGCCACAGAGCCCAGCGAAAGGAUCGCAUCCGGCGAAAAAGAGGCGGGACAAGAGCGAUCUGGGUGAUGAUUUUGUGGCGCCCGACGGAGGAUGGGGCUGGCUGGUGUCCGUCGCCAGUGGCCUCAACAUUCUGGUGACGUUCGCAUUGGCCCAGCAGUUCGGCAUCAUUUUCCGCAAGCGCAUGGAGGACCUGGGGAUCUCCAAUUCCGAACUGACCACCAUCAUCAACACACAGAUCGCUGUGUCUGCAUUUACGGGUCUGCUGAACGGCCCGCUUUUCCGACGUUACACAUAUCGAGCGGUGGCCUUGUUCGGUUCCGUUCUGACCUUCUUGGGCCUCUUCUGGAUGGUUUUCGCCCACACCUUCCCCAUCUACAUACUGAGCUUCUCGAUCAUAUACGGAUUCGGCCGAGGAUUGACGGUAUCGGCCUCCUCGCUGGCGGUUAACACAUACUUCAAGGUGAACCGACGCACGGCGACGGCCUUCCAAUUCGGAGUGGCUGGCCUGGGACCGAUUGUGUGUCCCUACUUCGCCACCUACAUGGUGGCCCUCUAUGGAGUUUCUAGUACAACACUCCUCUUCGCCGGCGUCUCACUGCACACGAUAGCCUGUUCGCUGAUUUACCAGCCGGUAAAGUGGCAUGUGGUGAAGCGGGAUCACGAUGCGGAGGCACUGCAGCUGGACAAACCUUUGGCAGAGCGCGAGGAUCAGGAUGAGGAUAUUAUCAAGAAUGUUGUGGAGCCAGAUACUCCGGUGCUGCCCCGUGCCAACGACGGUUGGUUCGGCUCGAGGGCCUCACUGAAUAGCAGCGGCACUCGCAAUCGGGUGAACACCUGGGAAAAGUCCGAUGGAAAUGGUCACGUGGAGCUCAAGAGACUGAGCAGCAGGGAUUCGAAUCCUGGGCGACAGAUACGCAGCAUUUCCGUGAGUCACAGCAUUAAGGAGGAGGAGGCCUUGGGCUACAACUCCGAUCAUGAGGACCACGACCACUCCACCGCGCUAACCGAAAAGGAGAAACAAGAGCUAGAGGACGAGGCGGAGCGCCAGCGCCGUAAGAAGCUGCCAUUCUAUAUGAAAGUAGUGAUCUUCUUCGAUAUGGAUCUACUGAGGGAUAUCACCUAUGUUAACCUGGCCAUGGGCAUCACGCUGAUCAACUUUGUGGAAAUUAACUUUGCCAUUCUGACACCCUUUAUCCUUUCCGAUCUGGGCUUCAAAGAUGAUCAGAUUGCUUUGGCCAUGUCCACACUGGGAUUCUUUGAUUUGGUGGUGCGAUUCCUCAUACCAGUGAUAACGGCCAAGAUAAAUCUAAGCAACCGAACCUUCUUUGUUGUGGGAAUUUUGGGCAUGUGCAUUGGCCGCAUGCUCCUCUCGUUCACAACCAACUUCUACGUGAUGAUGGGCAUAUUCCUGUUUCUGGGCUUGAACAAGGCCUUCCGCACGGUCUUCUGGUCGCUUAUCAUUCCCGGCUAUGUGCCGCUGAAGAGAUUGCCAGCGGCCGCUGGCCUACAACUGCUCAUGUCCGGAACCUUUUCGAUGAUGUUCGGACCCCUUAUUGGACUUUGCAAGGAUCACACCAGUUAUGCGUUUACCCUCAACGUGUUGAAUGCCCUUUGUUUGUUGGCCUUUGCGGGCUGGUACCUGGAGGACUUUAUUCGAGCCCGCGCCCGUAAACGAAAUUCGACACCCGUGAAGUCCAUUGAGUGAUCUAACUUCGAGCCCUGUCUAGUCGUACUCAGUGCCAGCAAUUCCAGGACCAACUCCGUUCCCCCAUCCAUCCUAACGUUAGCCAAAAUUUAAUCGCUAUCUUUAUGUAAACUAUGUUCUGCGUGUUCAUUGUGUAUAUACGAUUCGAGUGUAGCAAAUUAAUUUUAUUUAAUAUCGAUAAUUGUUAAUUAAGAUGCCAAAAACUUAACAAUUUAAAAUAAGUGAUUCAUUGAUUCGGUUCGAGAGUGCAUCGUAAAGGUAACAAAAUUACUUAACAAAAGAGGAACUAACCUUACGGAAGUACUUCAGCUAUUUAAUUUUUCUUUAAUGCAAAAAUGUAUAAAAUAUUAAGUUAAGUAUUAAAUAAUGUGCAAAAAAUAACCUGAGUUGAUUGUUUGGUCAGAUUGUACAAUAAAUUGUCCGAUUGUUUUAUACCAA